AUGUUAUCGGUGGCAAGAGGUGCAGGUGUGCGCAAAGAUCCGGUGGACGGGGUGGCGCAACGACGGCGGAGAGAUCUGCAGGUGGUCCGGGCCGAGUUACAAGCGUGCAGACGGACGACGGAGACACUGUGUCGGCGCAUAGCCGAUGAUCGAGUGAAGCUGGAUACGGCGGUCGCAGAAUACGGGCGCCGGUCGGUGGAACUGGCUAAGCUGCAGUCCGAGGCGCACAAUCGGCUGGUGGCCGUGCUGUAUGGCCGGUCGGAGGCCGAAUGCCGCCGUGAAAUGGUGCACGAUCGAGCGGAGAACGAGCUGAGAGCGAGGCGGACGGCCAGCACAGUUCGCGCGUAUCGGCUUGACGCCAGGUGGCAGCAGCUUCACGGACGGUACCGUGGGUUUGCGAUGGAAGUGUUGGGCACGGAUCAGCGGCCGUCUUCGUCGUCUCCACCAUUACCACCGCCAACACCACCAAUUCCGCCGGUCGGGAUGGCGAGGCGCCGGCUCGGGCCCGCCAAACAAGGACGCCGUUUCUUCGCUCUGGCUGACCAUGUGGGCACGCAGUACCGGAGGGAAUCGCUCAGGACGUCUAGGUCGCUGCACAGGCUGAUGUCCGGAUACCUUAAGGAAACGUCAUCGGGUAGCCCGUCCCCGUCUCGUGAUGGCCGGACGUCGUCGGACGUGCUAGACGAUGCCGAACCGGUACAGGUAUUGGACAAGCUGAGGGUCAUGCAGGAGCAGUGUGCGAGGAUCGCGGAACGUGUGCGCAGGCGGACGACGACCGGACGUACCGAGCAACACCCACCGGAGACGAGCUGCGGAAAACGUCCGCAAACCGACGUGUUGUUAGAGGCUCAGCGCACGGUAGCGGCGGGCCAACAGUAUUUGAGCAGGAUACGGCGAUUGAUGGAAUUAGCCAUCGGCGAGGUGGAGCGAGAGCAGAUUGCGUUGCGGAGACUGUUGUGUGCGACGUGCGCAACGUGUGUCGGUAAAAAAGCACCACUUCGGUACGGCUCGUCGGCGGUCACUGAAAUCGCGGGACGGCUCGAGCGAGCCUGUUUUGCGCUGUUCGCGAGAUUGGACAAGGCGGGGGCCCCUGGCCCACGGAGGACACCGGACCGGACCGAUCAGGCCCACGCAAACCGUCGGGGCACGGCUACUCACGAUGUGGUCACGUUGUGCUUGCGCGCCGUACGUGAGCACCGCGUGAACGCCGUGCGCAGUAUUCAAGACACUGAGCGCCGCGUAGGUGACUUCCGCAAAGCGGUGGCUCGGCUGCUGUUGGCCGCCACACCGAGGAGUGAUUUGGCCGGCACCGCUGCUGACACUGACCGACGUCAUUCCGGACGAGCCUCCGAGCGAUCAACGCAUGGCAAGCGUAAAACGUCGACGGCGCCCAACCAAGUGACAGAGGUCGGUGGCCGACGGUGGCCACCGACCACGAGGCCUUUGAGCAACAAAACUACGGCCGUGUCUCCGAAAUCGUCUCUGCGGACGAAAUAUUAUAAUUAUGGCGAUGGUGGCACUACUGAAUCUACCGUGGCCGUCCCGACCACGGUAACGAUGCUAUGUCCUCCUUCUAUUGGUACCAUACAAUACGAGUGA